AUGCCAAAGUUGAUGCUCGCGGGCCUGGCCCUCUUGGCCGCCGAAGCCACCGCCAAGACCUGUUUCAACAAUACCGUGGAGAUCCCCGUUACGUCGCGCAACGGCGUCUUCGACAAUCUUAGCACGCCCAAGACCAACUUCGAGGCAGCUGCUUUUGCCAUCUCCGCUACUCGUCAGGGCGCCAAUGGCACGGAGCAGGCGCUGACGGACUAUGCUACUAUCUCGAAGACAUACAAGAUCUCGACACAGUAUUGUAUGCCCAACGCUGAUAAUCGCAAUGCUCCGCUGCAAAUAUUGACGCAUGGAAUCGGGUUUGAUAAGACAUACUGGGACCUCCCAUACAACAACUUCAACUACUCGUACAUCGACAAUGCCCUCUCGCAUGGCUACAGCACUCUUUCCUACGACCGCCUGGGUAUUGGCAACUCUUCCCAUGGCGACCCGAAAGACGAGAUCCAGGCAUUCCUGGAAGUCGCCGCCCUAGCCCAGAUCACCCAGAUGGCUCGCAAUGGCUCGUUCCCGGGUAUCCGCCAGAAACCGCAGAAGGUCAUCCACGCCGGCCACUCCUUCGGCUCGGGCUUGACAUACGCUUUGUCCGCCAUGUACCCCAGCCUCACGGAUGGUAUCGUCCUGACUGGAUUCUCGUUUAGCACGACUUUCAAUCCGUACUUUGUCGCUGGUGCGAACUUCCAGCAGGCGAACCAGGUUCUCUCGUCGAAGGACUACCCUCCUGGUUACCUGGUGAGCUCGAACGCCGUCGCGAACGAGUUCCUCUUCUUCACCCCGCCGUACUUCGACCCCCAGAUUCUCGUUUUCGCGGAGCAAAACAAGAAGCCCGUUGCCAUUGGUGAACUCCUGACCAUGGGCAGUGUGCCUAUGCAGAGCCCCUUCACUGGACCGGUUCUGAUUAUCACCGGUUCAAACGAUGUCCCCUUCUGUGGAGGCGACUGUCUCAACACUGGUGGCGCUGCGAAAUCUAUUCCCGCGCAAGGCAAGUUGGCGUUCCCGUCUGCGAAGGCGUUUGAGGCAUAUAUCCAGCCGAACACGGGACAUGGCCUUAACCUGCACUACAAUGCCACGGGAGGUUAUGAGGCUAUUGCUGGUUUCUUGAAGAAUAAUGGGUUGUAA